AGCGCGACGCCGACGUCGACGACGACGACGACGACGACAACAACGGGACGGUGGCAAACUCGAGUCGCUCGUCGAGGACGGACCGCCCGCGCCGUGUCGCGAUAGAGAAGAAAGCAGGAGAACGUCGCGGAACGACCGAACGCGAAUCGCGCGCCAUGAGGAUCGCGUGCGUCUUCUGGAUGCUGCUGUCGCCGUUGCUGGCCCUCAACCUGUCGGGCAGCAACGUGACCAGAGGCGGCAGCGCCAUCAAGAUCGGCUCCAGCGACAGGGGCACGAUCUCCAAGGGCUUGAGCGUGGGCAGGGGCAACUCGGGGGUUCGCAUCGGCGGGAGCAGGUUCUCGAAUUCCACGAGGCAGCGGCCAUUACCGACUACCACGACCACCACGACCAGCACGGUCGCGCCGCCGGAGCGCUUCACUUACGCGCCGCAGUCUUCUGUGGGGAACAAUUACAACAUCACCGGUCUCAAGGUGGGCAUGAUGGUGCCGUACAAGUCCUUCGGUGUGAGAGAAUACACCAGGGCGGUCACCACCGCCAUCAACGCGCUCCAGAGAAGCACGAGAGGUCCGCGGCUGGGACUCUUCCAGCGUUACGAUCUACAUGUGAAAAUAGCGAUGAAGGAGCUCACACCCAGUCCUAACGCGAUUUUAGACUCGCUUUGCAAGGAGUUCCUCUCAGUCAACGUGUCGGCCAUCUUAUAUCUUAUGAACUACGAGAAAUAUGGACGUAGUACGGCCAGCGCUCAAUACUUUCUCCAAUUGGCCGGUUACCUCGGAAUCCCCGUGAUUGCGUGGAACGCUGAUAACUCCGGGCUCGAAAGGCGGGCAUCGCAGAGCAGCCUGCAGCUGCAGCUGGCGCCGUCGUUGGAGCAUCAGACCGCGGCGAUGCUGAGCAUCCUGGAGAGGUACAAGUGGCAUCAGUUCAGCAUAGUCACCUCGCAGAUAGCUGGUCACGACGACUUCAUACAAGCGGUUAGAGAGAGAAUCUCCGAUAUGCAAGACACGUUCAAGUUUACCAUACUGAGCGCCAUUCUGGUCACCGAUCCACGGCACGACCUGCAGGAGCUGAUCAAGAGCGAGUCCAGGGUGAUGCUACUGUACUCGACCAGGGAGGAGGCCACCAGCAUUUUGAGCGCCGCGACCGAUCAAAAAAUUACCGGCGAGAAUUAUGUGUGGGUGGUCACGCAGAGCGUCAUCGAGAAUCUGCAGACUCCCAGCCAGUUUCCGGUUGGAAUGUUAGGCGUGCAUUUCGAUACAAGCAGCGAGAGCCUAGUAAGCGAAAUCACCACGGCAAUCAAGGUCUACGCUUACGGCGUCGAGGACUUCGUCAACGAUCCGAAAAAUGCGAAUCGCAGCCUGAACACUCAACUGAGCUGCGAGGUCGCCGGCGAGUCGCGCUGGAGCACGGGGGAUUUGUUUUUCAAAUACUUGAAAAACGUCUCCGUCGAGGGUGACCAAGGCAAGCCGAAUGUGGAGUUCACUCAAGACGGCGUGCUGAAGGCGGCGGAGUUGAAAAUUAUGAACCUCCGUCCGGGAGUUAGCAAGCAGCUCGUCUGGGAGGAGAUCGGUGUCUGGAAGUCCUGGGAGAAAGAGGGUCUGGACAUCAAGGACAUUGUUUGGCCGGGCAAUACCCACACGCCGCCACAGGGUGUACCGGAGAAGUUUUACCUCAAGAUAACCUUCCUGGAGGAGCCGCCCUACAUCAAUCUUGCACCGCCCGAUCCUGUGACCGGAAAAUGCCUGGUGGAUCGCGGCGUUCACUGUCGAGUGGCCAAGGACUCCGACAUGGGCGAGGUGGAUAUUCAAUCAGCCCUGAAGAAUGGGAGCUUUUAUCAGUGCUGCAGCGGAUUUUGCAUCGACUUGCUGCAGAAGUUCUCCGAAGAGAUCGGCUUCACUUACGAGCUCGUGAGGGUGGAGGACGGCAAGUGGGGUACUUUGGAGAAUGGGAAAUGGAACGGGCUCAUAGCCGAUCUGGUGAAUCGGAAGACCGACAUGGUAAUGACUUCGUUGACGAUCAACUCCGAACGGGAAGCGGUUGUCGAUUUCACCAUACCCUAUAUGGAGACCGGUAUCGCCAUUGUCGUAGCGAAGAGAACAGGCAUAAUAUCGCCCACCGCAUUUCUAGAACCGUUCGAUACGGCUUCGUGGAUGCUGGUGGUGAUUGUUGCGAUACACGCCGCGACCUUAAUGAUACUGCUCUUCGAAUGGGCAUCGCCUUCCGGUUUCGACAUGAAGGUAAACCCUUCAGGCGCUGCGCAGAAACUGAGAAACCCAUCGACAAAUCAUCGGUUCUCCUUCUGCCGCACGUACUGGCUGGUCUGGGCCGUAUUAUUUCAGGCUGCCGUCCAUAUCGACUCUCCCCGAGGAUUCACAGCCAGAUUUAUGACGAACGUCUGGGCGUUGUUCGCCGUGGUGUUCCUCGCCAUUUACACUGCCAAUCUGGCUGCCUUCAUGAUCACGCGGGAGGAGUUCCACGAGUUCACCGGCGUGGACGACCACAGGCUCGCCAGGCCGUUCUCGCACAAGCCGAUGUUCAAAUUCGGCACCAUACCGUGGAGCCACACGGAUAGCACGCUGGCCAGGUACUUCAAGGAAAUGCACGCCUACAUGCUGGCCUUCAACAAGAGCACCGUUGCGGAGGGUAUCGAGGCGGUGAUCUCCGGGGAAAUGGACGCGUUCAUUUACGACGGCACAGUUUUGGACUACUUGGUCUCCCAGGACGAGGAUUGCCGGUUGCUGACGGUCGGCUCCUGGUACGCCAUGACGGGCUACGGCAUCGCGUUCUCCCGGAACUCCAAGUACCUGCAAAUGUUCAACAAACGACUGUUGGAAUAUAGAGACAACGGAGAUCUGGAGCGAUUAAGGAGAUACUGGAUGACCGGAACGUGCAAGCCGGGCAAGGAAGUACAAAAGAGCAGCGAUCCGCUCGCUCUCGAGCAAUUCUUGAGCGCGUUUCUCCUGUUGAUGAUGGGAAUUCUCCUGGCGGCGGUCUUCCUAUUUCUGGAGUAUGUGUACUUCAAGUACAUCAGGCAACACCUCGCAAAAAGUGACGACGGCGGCACCUGCGCUCUUUUCAGUCUGAGCGUGGGGAAGUCCUUGACCUUCCGCGGCGCGGUGUACGAGACGCAGGAUAUUUUGAGGCACCACAGAUGCAAGGACCCGAUCUGCGACACCCACUUGUGGAAGGUCAAACACGAGCUCGACAUGGCCAAGAUCAGGAUACGGCAGCUCGAGAAGGAUCUCGAGGCCCACGGAAUAAAGCCGACCCAGACCAAGAGGAAAACCGGAAGUCUCGGCUGGUGGCGAAGAUGGUUCCAAAGCUCGGACCGCCACUCACAACCGGAGCCACUGGCGGUGGAGGCUCCGCAUCCGCUACCGCCGUACUUCGAUUCGUAUAUCGACGCCGUCGAGGUCGCCCGUCCGAGGGACAUGAGCAGAAACCACGUGGUCAGCACGGAAUACUUGCCCGAUAGGUUCUUGCCCACAGAGAUUUACAGGAUCCCGGACAACAACACGGCCAGGACGGAGAUCGCCGAGAUCGAGACAGUUCUGUGAUCGUAAGAGGAUCAGCUUCAGUGGUCCAGCCACGCGGCACCGGAAACGGAGGCGCGGAAGCGGACGCACUGGUGCGGCCACCAAGUCCCCGGAAACGGCGCGACCUAAAGGUCGUGUCGCGCUCCUGCCAUGAACAACGAGCCCCUCCCAUGCCACACAUCGACCUCUCGCUCGCCCGAAGACGCUGGAGCAUCCUCCCGACGCCGGCAUUGUCCUCUCGGCACUGUUUCCGUCUGGCGCGCGUACUCGCGCGAGGAGGAGGAACGCCUCAGUGGCUAUCGACGGUCGAGGGUCGAGCAGCGACCAAGAAAGAAGCCACAUGACUCGAAGAUCACCAUGACUCGAGAAAGUGCACUUGUUGACUUUUGCGUCACGUUCCCGAGAACGUCGCGUCCUCCGGCACACACCGGAAGCUGUGUAUCGGAACGAACGCACGCACGCGCACGCACGUUCAUUCGCUCGCUCGCUCGCUCGCUCGCUCGCUCGCCCUACCGAUAACGGUGAACGCUGCGAGGAAAGAACGUCGUAGACCCCUCUGAAUCUUCGAAGGGACACUCGAAGUCACCGGUUUCCGGUGCUCGAUGGGAUUCGAUGGGGUUUGGUAAAAGAGGAGAAAAAUGAUGAGAGAGGAAAGAGGAAAGAAAAAGUAACGCGCCGAAACGACGACCAAGUCGUCGGCCCGCGCGCUCACGUAAUUGUGUGCACGUGUAAAGAUUCUUUUCGAAAUUUCAAUUUGUGCCUAAAAUCGCCUGGACGCGACCCGCGAUCACGGAUCUGCGCGCCCGGAUAAUCGACCGGAGCCGAUACAAGCGCGUUGGGGUACGGCCGACGUAACAGUAAUCGAUCGACGAUAACAAAGCGAGAGCCAGAAUUGUUUCUGAGAAUAGAAGAAUGCUUGUUACGGAUUAUGCUUUGCGAUUCUUUUUGUGUUUAUCAAUCAUGCUUCAUGUAUUUUCGUUUCAUUAAAUCUCUUGCCUUCUUUCGGGAUAUCCGUGUGCGCUUUCGGUAAACGCGAAACGAUAAUUCACGCAUAAAAUUCCAGACGAAUUGUAAAAUAUAUGCUCCUUCCAGCUGAUUAUUUAUUUCAGCUUGCAGUUUUAUCCCGUGUUGUUUCAAAUUUUGAUCCCCUCUGAACUGUUCUUCUUUUAUUUGCUUGAAGAAAUCGUAGGAGAAAAUUCAACGAAGAUUAAUCGGGAAAGAUUCAAUGAGGUGUUGCGCGACGAUAGCUGGAACCAAGAUUACUCGCGGUAGGUAAAGGCACACAUUUAUUCAGGCACCAACAAUGCAAUAGAUAGUUAUGAAAUUCCUAAAUCUUUUAAGAAGAACGCGCACUCCACUUUGUACGAACUCGUGCCAGUUUCCAAAGUGUCGUACACAGCGAUCGUACAUGUCGACGCGCUGGUGAUCGACGUGUAACGAUGAGGAAAAUCUAAAAACUGAAAGAAACUUAAUCGAUAUCUUGGUGGAAAAUGUCAAUGUGUACCAUACGAAGUAACUAAACAUGAUAACUAUAAACAUAUGUGUCGGAUAAAAAAGUUAGUGUAAAUGAGAGGGGGAGAGAGAGAGAGAGAGAGAGAGAAGUCGGUAUGACUACAAAAAUAUAAUAUGACACGUAUACAUACAUAUACAUAUAUAUUUAAUAUUGUCAACAAUGAAAUAUUCUAAAGAAGAACAUACUUUGAGGACGUAAUAUGCUCAAACAAAAAAGUAAUAUACAAAUACAAGAUAAAUCGAGGCACAAUGCGCGUGCGUAUCGCGGAGUGUCAGGACUCGUUAUUUGAGAUCGAAAUGGGAUAAAGCUCAGAAGGAAGCAAAUAGCAGAAAAAAAAUAGACUGCGCGGGAGGCGUACCAGCGAAUCAAAAAAGAUCACAAACGAAGAAUUGGUGAAAAAGAGAGAGAGAAAAAAAAACACGAAACAACAUAAGAAAAUAUUUUAUAUCUACACUAUUACAUAUAACGGUGCCUGAAACUGAGAUUUAUAUCGAGUGUGCAGGAAAGCGCGAUCAAUCGACAGCACUUAUUAUUCGUGUAUGUUCCUCGGAUAUUUUGAGAACCUCUAUAUAGAUUUUUGUAGAUCGCGUGAAUGUUUAAUAUAUAUCGUUGGGAGAGAUGGCAGAAUAUUGUUGCUAUUCUCGGCACGACGUCCUGGCAAUCCGCAUCCGGAUGACGAUUAAACUCGAGAUUAAACGGACGGGAGAGCCCUCGAGCGAAGUCGAGUUUCUCGCGCGCAUCGGAAUCGAGAGAAUUAGCGUUAAGAUUUUAUGACUUUACGUCGCUGUACAUAAUCGCAUUGAUCCAUAUGAGCUGUAAAGUGCACUGCAGGCCACAGUGUUCCUUCCCGACAGAUUAGAUUACGAAACACCCUGUCGCGACGUUACAUGCAAGAUAAACUCAAGAAUUAUGACGACGACGACGACGACGACGAUGAUGCGUAGGGAACGUUCGGGAAAAGCGUGAGUCGUCAAAAAUUCUCGAGAAGCUGAAAUCUCUGGUCCCUUCGUUUAAUUCAAUUUAAAAACUCCGACGCGAGCGCAUAAUUUAUUUUGAAUAAAUACCCGUCACCGCAAACAUAACUUUUAUAGAAAUGUUAAUCGCACAGUGACAAGAGAGAGAUUGAAAUUCCUCGAUGACUCACGCGUUUCCCAAAUUUUCUGCACGUCAUUAUGCGAAUAAUUUACGUUAAUUACUUACCAGUGACCAGGUUUUAAAUUCCCGUGUACAUUUUCGCAAUGACACUCAUGACUGCGUAUGCGAAGAUUUCGUUAAGUUUUCGUCCGCUAAGCACCGCUUCUAUUGUACAAACUCGUGCUUUCUCCGGCUUGCACUGCAUGUUAACGUUGUCUACGUGUAACAAGACGAAGAAAGGAAGAAAGAGGAAGAAGAAGAAGAAGAAAAGGGACAAAAGUCGGAGCGUGCUUCGAGGUGACGAUGAUUUCACACCGGAAAUACGUCGAGAUAUCGCUCCCGAUAUUCACUCCAUCGGCAUCCCAUCCGCCCUUGCGUUCAAUCACCGAUUUUCCGUUCUCACAAUUAUCGUGCAACCUGCAUCGGGCGAGAUCCUCGUCCCCUUCUCGCUCCCCCCCUCCCUUACCCACUCCUCCUCCUCCUUCCCUCAAAGAAAUCGUCUCUCGGAGAAUUUUAAGAGAGAAAAUACGUUGCCGUCGAGAGAAACGUUGUUACUGUUGUUGUUAAAGAUAAAAGGAAGUGUUAUGUUAUUGAAUCGAGUGCGAGAGAGAGAUAAUUAUAACCCUGUGAGAGGAAUCCGUACGGCGUAUUUUCGAGUGCGUCGUGAUAAUAAUGGGGCCGGCAGGAUCGCUCGAGUCCUUUACGCGUGCUCGGAUAUUCGCGCAAAUCGUCGAGAAACGUUCCCGUGUGUUUGUACAUACACGCGAUCGUGCGUGCGCUGGAAAAGGAGAAAAAGAAAACGUCCAGGCUAAGAACUUUGCUUCUCUCUUUGUUUCCGAUCUCACCGGAGAGAAAUCGCGGGGACUGUGCGCGUCGAUCGAGCUUGCUCUCGCGUUAUCUCUCCCGUGAUUUCCCGUCUCUUCCUUCACUCGCUCGAUCUCGUCGAAACUUCUCACGCGGCUGCGUGUAAUCGUAAUUUAUAACGACCCUCCGUUAAUUCCCUGUGCUCAAUAAUAACGUCCAUGUUGUUCACAGUUUCCGCGUUACGCUUUCGCACGAGCGCUGAAAAUCUUCCAUUUCCAUUUCCACGAACACGUCGACGACUCUAUAUUCUCCCGCAUUUCCCCCCCCCCCUCCCCCCCUCUCUCUCUCUCUCUCUCUUUCUCUGAAGACGCAUGAAAGCGUGUCGGAGCCAUUCAGCGCCUGAAUCGUAUUUGAGUGCUCCGACUACACCGAUACUGCCAGCUUCAUUGCGUUGCUUAUAAUUCUAAUUAAACACCUAACAAGGUAACGCACCUCCUCGCGCGUUCAUUCAAGUCACCCUCGCGAGUGCAAAGCGCGGGCCGCUCGUUCUUACGUUCUCGCGCGGUGCGUGCGAAAUGAAUUCGGUUCCGUCGCGAACGGAAACUCCAAAUAAAAUGCGAGGGAAAUGCACGACGAUCAGGCUUCGAGGGGAAUUCUCGCGAGGCUUUCGGAUCGUCGUAAGAGCGCGCAUUCGUAUGCGGUGGUACUUUCCCCGUUCGCCUUUACGCGAAAGUCGUCAGCAGCAGUGUGCUCGUGAGCCUCGAUUACGUUGUUUCGCCCACUCGAGCGAUCGCGUUCUCCUCUUCCUCGCGAAGACAAAGUUUCUCCUGCGUUUCUCCUCCUCUUCUCUCUGCCCGCGUCCCCGUCAUUAACGUGUGCGCCCCAUCAUCCAGCAGCGGUGUCGCUCCAAAGUUGCACGCAAAUUGUCUCCUCCGCUGUCGCAAAACUGCAUGGAAAAAACAUUGGCCAGAUUAACGUAACAAUGAGCAUUAUGAAGGAAGCAAAGUUUCUUAAUCUUAUAAGCCGAAUUUGACUCACACGAAUAAAAAAUGCUGUUUCCUUCAACUCGAACGCGAUUAAUUCGGCCCUUAGAACUACGUAAAUCUGGCUUGAAUGCGUUCGAUUCGCUCAUCGCCACGUUGAUUCACCGAAUCCUUCGCGAAGCGAUUGCGCGAUCGAUUGGAUUCUUGGAUUAAUAAUGUUGAUGGCGACAAGUGUGUGCAUGUAUGUGUCGAUCGAUGUCAACGCGCGCACAUGCGUGCGCGAUGAAAAUAUCAACCUCCUCCUACGGAGAAAUUGUAAAGUAUCAUCAACACGUUCUUUGUCACUUCCUCGAGCAUAAGUUCGUAGAUCGGAGUGUAAUCAUCAACGUGUGUCGAUCAACGUGAUCCAUCGACGAAAUGGCGGACGCGCGCGUCACGGUUUGAUCGAUUUGUUUUAUAAGUGAGUAUAUUCUGUACUUAUAUAUACCGCUGGCCUUUUGUGUCGAAAGUGAUGUCGAAGCCAGGAGUCCAGAGCUACGUGCCGUUACCGAUUACACUGCCCAACUUCGAGCUGAUCCUUCCGUCGACGUCGAAGUAACGCGGUGUGCGAGCAGAAAACGAAAUCGACCGCGGGAUCGUGCUACGAAUUGAUUCGCAUUUGUCGGACGUAGAAUCCCUUCCUCCCCCCUCUCCAUUUCACCAUGAGUCACCAUCGAAGGUAGCGAACGUGGCGAACAGCAACUUCGGACUCCGCGCGAAAAUAGCGCAAGCUCUAUGUUUCUUGCGACUUGUGCGACUCGCGCUGCUCCGAGUCGAGCCAUAAGAUGAAUGUUCCAAUCACUGACAUCGUCCGAGUUUGUAACGAACAAACGAAGCUAAACUGUGUCGUGUCACUAAACGAUGUUUCAGUCGUUUCUGAGGAAAUAUCGUAAAUAAAUCAGAAUCUCUUUCCAUAAAUUCGGAAAAUGUGGCGCACUGCACCAGAUAGAUAUUCCAGCUCUCCGAUAAAAUAAACUCUGCGUAUUUAACUUAACACUUGUGCCAUCUAAUUUACAAAUUUAUUUUCACGCGAGAUUGUUUGGUCACUGAUUAGGAUAUUCGUCUUGAGACUGAGUUCGAUCGCAUUAGCGGGAGUAACAUUGCGAUUCACGGCGGUAUCAUCAGUAUCAUCCGAUGCACGAGAAGGUGACUUGUUCAUUAAUUGCAAUUACGUAACGCAUGACAGUCUCAUUGUGGUCGUCGACCAAUCGUUCGCUCGUUAAAGCGCGUAUCAUCGUAGUGCAACGUUAGUUCUAUUGCAAUCUCAGCUUGCUCUCAGCCCCUUAGCGCGCGUGAUCAUGCAUCGUAAUCUGCGGCUUUGCCGAGCGUUCCAUCGCGUCGAAUAAACGCGGCCGAAACCGAUCGAGAAUCGACGACCGUUUUGAUUUGUAAAGGUGUAAAAGUCGUCUUGCAAACAUGUAAGCGACAGGGAUGACAGCGUGGAUAAAAUCCAUCGUUGACGAUGACUCGCCAGUCGUAGAAAGAGAGAGAGAGAGAGAGAGAGAGAGACUUGCGAAGCCCCGUAAAAAAAGAAUCACACUGUGCGCACACACGAAAUAGCGGCCUUAAUCAUUCCCAGUAUCGUAUAGUCGCUGCGAACUCUUCUCAUGUACUUGUAAACUAUUAUACGUAUUCUGAAUCACUUAACAGAAGCGAGCUUAGAUGACGAGGUCCCGCGCGGUCGUCGUCGAGCUCGAAGCCCCUCGCCUUGCAGACCUUCUGUCGCUAGCCGAAGCUCUUCCGAUCACGAUCCACCAGGUGAUCGGUUUAAGCGGGUACGCAAUAACAACAACAACAAUAACAACAGCUACAAUAACACCACCACCACAGCAAGAUCCUAUUGACAUCCUGCUGACCGGAACGAGCAAACAAUUUUUUCACUCCCAUUCUCGAAGCCACGAUAAGACUUCACACGCGACAAAAGUCGUCGAUCAUAUCAACUGUUCCGAUUAAUUAAUCGCUCGGUCGGAAAUCUUACUUAGUAAUCGCCACGGACACGUGUCGAGUCGCGCGUGAAGAAACGACGCGUCGUUCUUUCGCGCGAGAAAGGGUUGAUUAAUCCUCCUCUGUAUCAAACUGCCUAUAUACGAACAAUAUACGUACACCCUCGGAAUACGGAUUACAUAUAAGAGUCAUAUACGCGUAUGUGUGUGCAUGUGUGUGUGUGUGUGUAUGUGUGUCGAGGAAAGAAUAUACGACGUUCCCCCUGUUGCUUUUCGCAUGUGAGACCAUCGUGAGAACUUACGUUGCAUUGCGCGAGGAUCGAUACAACGAAUGAAGGGGGUGAGGAUGGGCGAACGCCACCUUUUAGCGACUUAUGAUCACGAUCGCUUCAUUCCAUUCGCGGAGUUGCCAGUCGAGGGUUACGUCGCACGACCAAUCGAUUCAUUGGCCAAGACGCGAUUAAUUGUUCUCCUCACCGUCAGUCGGACGAUUGCUCGCAGAGUCUCCUAGCCGUGAUCUUGGCGACCCGAUUAUAUCACACGCCGAUAUUCUGAUCCGGACUGCGGACUGAGAUUUCUCUUUCGUCCGAAAUUACACGCGCGUCGGACAGAUAUUAUCGCCGUGAUUAUCCUUGAGAAGUCCGCACUCGCGCGAAUCAAUGAAAGAUUCAACAAUUAUGAAUCAUUCACCCGCCUAUCGCUGUAUCGAAACGGUUGCGGCUACGCUCUCGGAGCGCAUUAUAUCUUAGGGAGAGAAAAAAGAGAGAGAGAGAGAGAGAGAGAGAGAACAAAGAAAGCAAGCAAGAAAGAAAGAAAGAACGAAGGGAAGAAGACAGAGAGAAAACAGCGAGAGAAUUUAAUUCUAAUCCUAGCGAUUAAUUAUUUAACGAAAUCACCAAAGGCGUCGCGCCAAACGAGCGCGAGGAGGGGCGCGCGCGCCGUGUUGUGCCAACCGGAAAGGCCGCUGUGACGUCACAAUUAGAGAUAUCGUGUGUGAGUAUGUGUAAUUAAUACCGAAGAAGAAACAAACCAACAGCAGAAAAGAUACAUGGACUCGUGUGUGUGUGUGUGUGUGUGUGUAUACUACUCGUCGGUGUAUUUGUACAUAACAACGGGAAGCCCUCCCCCCCCCCCCCCGCUCCACCGCUCGACGUGAAUCCUCUCGUCCUUGUUUUCCGUCUCUCUACCGUCCCGUCGAGGACUAGACUUAGGAUCCUUUAGGACUGUCCCUCUAGACGAGCCCCGACGGACAAGCGCCGCUCGGGGAUGAAAGCUCGCGAUUGGAACCCUUGCGGCAAAUUAAGAGUUUCCCCUCCCCUCCGUCCCACACCUCCCUAUCACUCUCUAUCUCACUAUCUACCUGCCUGUCUCUGUAUCUUCGUCUGUCUCUUUUGAACACGCGGAAGGCAAUUGUACUCGCGCGUUUCUAAACCGAGAGAGAGAAAGAGAGAGAGAGAGAGAGAGAGAGAGAGAGAGAGAGAGAGAAAGGGCAGUAGGAAGUCCUAUGCGAUAUCGAUGAGGAUAAUUCUAAUUCAAUGCGGAACGACGACGUUCGUGUGUUCCACGAGCGAGAAACGGGCGAGAGUGAAACUCGAACGAGACGAACGGGGUUGCUCCGCGAACUUCGAACAUUUGUAUUUGUUUGUAGCGUGCGCGCUUUUGCGGAACGCGCGAACGGCAAUGGCUUAAUAAGGAACAUACGUGGCACGUGAUUAUAUGUUGUUUCCAAUAAAACAUUGUUGUUUUAUAUACUA